AUGUCAUCUUCCGUUGUCAUCCACGGCAAUAUCAGCAAAAGAAGACCAGCUCGUACUCAGAAGCCAGCAGCCUCAGAUCAAUUUAUAGAAUAUGUCGCAGAAGCUCAACCGCAGGUUCAAACUCGCAGAGCCAAACGUAUCAAAAAAUUGGCUGAUUUCGAUGAAGCAAUAAAGUACCUCUAUAUAUCCCGUGGCUACAACCUAGAAAAACUCCACGAGGUAAUGGAAAUCAUGUUUGAGAUGGGUGCGACGACUAUCCAAUAUCGUGGCUACGUUAAUCGUGCCGAUUUUAAGAAGAAAGUAACAGUUGAAGAGUGGACUAGGUUAGCACCGUACUUCUGUGCUUGCCAGGAAUUGCAGAAAGAUGUUGCCGUUAGGAUAAACGGCCUCUACACGAUCAAACCAUCAGCGGUGAAGAAGGAGAUUGAUCGGAACUUUUCGAUCGGGCAACAAGCCCUUUUUCGAUAUCAGCGAUCAAACCAUGAUUUGACUAAACCCUUCUCGUUUGGCCGAAUAGAGGCAUAUACCCCGUCAUCACAAGCUCUAUGUCAAAAAAUCCCAAUACAACUUCUCCAGCAGCUUCCAAUCAUGACCUCAGAAAAGCAUCUUCUCCAGAUCUGCGAGAAACACAUUAAACAAAGAUAUGGUAACGGUAAAGAAAUUAGUGGAGUCGCCAAUAGCGGCUAUUUCAAGUUUCUCAGAGUUCUUCUUUACCGACUUUCGAACAAUCUUUUCCAUUUCAAGCAAGUCAACGAUCUUCUCGAUAACAUCACGAAACUCGGAUACAGGCCAUCUCUAAAAGCACUGCUUUCGCUGGAUAUCCUAUCGAUCAAGAUGGCAGCAGAAAAUAUUUUGCCCAUACUCGUGUGGAGGCAAGAUGAAGAACUCACCGACCUUAUUUACAGAAAUCAGGCUCGAUCUGAUACUAAUGCGGCAUGGUACAAGAUAUUCAGCUGUCUAGCUGGCUCCUCGUUCAAUGUCUGGGAAUCGGGAUCUGGUAUACACAUAUUUUUCCCUGUGCAGACCUACAACCGUGGCAUGGCUCUAGACAAUGUACCACGGGGCCUGGGUAAUGAGAAUAAAAUUCCGGAUGCGGUAAUUUUUAUAUCGAAUCUUAUAGUAAAAUAUAAGAUGAAUGCUCGAACGGCUGAGGACGCGGCCAUUUUACUUCACUUGGCUAUAAAGUACAUGCUCAUUGAGGUCAGCAUACUGAAGACGUUACUGCCCUCCCUCCCUCCAGAUAUUUUGGAUCGAGCGUAUAAAAAUAUAUACGAAAAAAGCGUCCUUCAAAUUCAGGGUAAAAUGGAUCUUUCGGUGCGCCUUGAUCUUGGUUUCCGCAAGAAUCUUCAUUUCAUCAUGCUUCAAGCUAUUCUUCGAAACGACGUUGAAAUCUUUCAGGCUCUUCUCCCACAUUCAAGUCUAAGUGGGAGGGCGUAUGAUGGGGUGGGAGAAAGUGUUUGGGAUGACUUUGAUGGAGGGGGUUUCAUCUGGGAUAGACUCUGGAUGGGAGAUUUCAAUGUUGUGGUGACGAUGGCUUUACAGGAAAUCGGGGAUGAUAGUUCGGCCAUCAGCACCGGUCAACAAAGCUUUGACAGCAGUUGUCUCUUCCACAUUGCGUAUCAGUUGCAAAAUACCUAUCUAAGGGAGUUCUUACUAAUUCAUUGCAGAGCUUACAAUAGUAAGGAAAGUGUUAUAACGUUGCUCACAUCUGCGCUUUGGGUUAUGGUGGCCCGUUAUGAUGAAAGAGGGGAUUUGUACCAGGGGACAGAAUGCAGCUUGUGUAAUUCUUUCACGCCUGGAAAACCUCCAACAGACAAAACUACUUGGAAGGGUCGAGCGGAAUGGUGCGAAUGGCUUAUCAAAAAUGGUGCAGAUUUAUCAUUGCGUAUACCUUUGGAUAUCCGAGAAAGGUUGGAUAUCUCGUCAGACUUGGUACUCCACAGCCUAAUUGGUAAACCCGGUUGGUGGGACACAGCGCACCUAAUUCUACGGCUUGGGGUUGAUGUCAAUGCUCUAGAUAGCAACGAAAAAACCCCCCUCGACAUCCUUGUCAAUAUUCAGAGCUCGGAAUGUUGUGCGGAUAGAAGGAAGUUUCUGGAGCAUUUACUCCAAUUAGGAGCGCGGAUUACCACCAAGAGUGGAUGGGGUCUUGUAAACCUUGACGCAGGCUUUGACAAAGCAUUGACGGAAUCAAAUAUAGAUUUCCUCGUCGAGACAUGGACACGUCGCUGGGUUAGGAUUCCCCCGCCCGUGGUCGUGACCGGUAUGGUUAUCGAGAAUGACGACGUCGACCCAAUUUGUUUGGAAUUGGUUAGCUGGAUCAAAUCACCUCCCAAGGAGAUCGAUAGAAAACAGCGGAUUGAGGCCUUCAUCGCUCUUCUAAAAUCUUCGGGACUCCGUUCUAGUACCCUUUCAGUUGUAUCGGAUACUCAUAAUGAUCUUCGUCAGAAAAUUAUGUCCUUGGACUUAGCAGGGGGGCAACUGAAGCAGUUAAAGCGUCCUUGGGGCCGCCUACAGAUGCUCAAUACUCUCCAGCUUCUUGUCGUUGUUGCAGAACCGGAGCUUCUACGUGCAACAUUUUCGUUUGGCGGUCCAGAAGCCCUUAUCCAGCUUCAACAAGAGCAACCCCCUUCUAGGCUAUCGCCACUACAUUACAUGGUAAGUAAAGGAAACUUUGAGUGCUUAGGGGUACUUUUGGAGAAUGGUGCAAAUCCUCGAGUGCUAUGGUCUAGAUAUUCCCCGUUGUUAUUUGACCAAGGGCAGGAUAGAAACAAUGGAUUGGAAUUGGUAUACGAGCAUACUCUGUUGCAUCAUGCUAUCCAGCAUGGCGAUAUGAACACCGCAAGGUGUCUUAUUGAAUACGGCGCAUUUGUGCCAUCAAGAAAUGAAUCGAAAGGUUAUAUCGAUGGUAAGUCUUGCACAGCAGAGGAAUGGCUGGAAUGGAGGAAAAAAAACAGUCCAAGUUUUUCCGUUUCUGUCGUCCAGCUUGCCGUCAAACUUGGCAGACUAGACUUUUUGGCUCUCCUGCUUCACGUUGACAUCGAUUCACGAGACGAAGCACGUGCUGCUGCUAUAGAGUACAAACAAAGCACCAUACUGGAUUGGAUUGACCACCAUUGGAUGGGAAAGCCUCGACCGGAUCCUCCCCAAAUAUUAGACCACCCUGGACCGGAACAACGAUUAAGUCUCCCUAUUGAGAGUGAUCUUGUCAAUCCAGAUCUAUUCAAUAUCUCAGGAAUCCUUUGA